AUGGACAUUGCAUUUGAUAUAGUGGGUGAUCUUGUGGUCCAAAGUGCUCGUCUGGGGGUCAUCCCAGUCACGCUGACCAGGCCUUGGUGGUCGUUGUGUGGAGGCAGCGGCGGCGGAGAACGUGGUGGUGGGCUGGGGACAGUGGCAGGCUUAGGGGUGGGGGCAUGGCCAUGGGGGGGCCGCAUCCCGACCUCCACCCUGCAACGGGACAGGCGCUGGGGCUGGGGGUCCUGGGGCGGGGGUCCAUCCAGGGGAGCUCCCAGACUCUCCGAGCUCAGGCCCUGGCUGAGCGGAGGGACGGCCGGGCCGGCAGGAGGUGGAGGUAGUACUGGGGGAGGAGGUGGGAUGGAGAAAGGAGGCAGGGUGAGAUGUUCCCGCAGAGUCUGGGUUCUCCUCGGCUCGCUGGUUCUUGUCUUUCUCACCUCACUCUUCUUCUCUCUCUCGCUCCGUGGGGGCGUCGGCUUCAACUACCUGGAGCCACCUGGGUGGGAGGAGUCGAGGCGGGUGAAGCUAGUGCCCAGCUACGUGGGCGCACACAGGCUGUCACCACCUGACACAUCACAGCAGAGGACGUGUGCCUGCCCACGCUGUGUCGGAGACCCUGGCGUUUCUGAUUGGUUCGAUGAGAAUUACGACCCAGAUAUCUCACCUGUUUGGACCAGAGACAACGUCCAGCUGCCCUCUGAUGUCUACUACUGGUGGGUGAUGUUACAGCCCCAGUUUAAACCCCACAGCAUCCAGCAGGUGCUGCUGAGGUUGUUCCAGGUGAUUCCCGGAAGGUCGCCAUACGGCUCAUGGGAUCCAGGACGCUGCCUGCGCUGCGCAGUGGUGGGGAACUCUGGAAACCUCCGUGGGGCCGGAUAUGGGGAGACCAUCGACAGGCACAACUACAUCAUGAGGAUAAACCUGGCCCCCACUGUUGGCUACGAAGAAGACGCCGGCAGCCACACCACACACCACUUCAUGUACCCGGAGAGCGCCAAGAACCUGGCAGCCAACGUCAGCUUCGUUCUGGUUCCCUUCAAAACGCUGGAUCUUGUCUGGAUCACCAGCGCUCUAUCCACCGGCCAGAUUCGAUUUACCUACGCUCCAGUGAAGCAGUUCCUCCGUGUAGAUAAAGACAAGGUCCAGAUCUUUAACCCAGCAUUCUUUAAAUACAUCCACGACCGUUGGACCAGACAUCACGGGCGCUACCCUUCCACUGGCAUGCUAGUGCUGUUCUUUGCCCUGCAUGUCUGUGAUGAGGUGAAUGUGUUUGGUUUCGGAGCGGACAGCCGGGGAAACUGGCACCACUACUGGGAGCAGAACCGCUACUCCGGAGAGUUCAGGAAGACCGGCGUCCAUGACGCCGACUACGAAGCCCAGAUCAUCCAACGGCUGGCCAAGGCUGGCAAAAUCACUGUAUUCCCUGGGAAAUAACCAGAAAAAUCACCCCGUGUAUCUAAUGUUCCAACGCUGGUACGGCGGCAGACACUAUAGAGGCUGCUUACAAUGUGUUAGAUAUUCUCGCUUUCAUUUACUUGCAAAAGUUUGAAGUAAACCAGUUGAAGUAAAACAAAUGCUUUCAGAAGGCGAGACGAAAUGGACAUGAAAUGGUAAAAAAAAAGAUUUUAUUCCAUUCACUUCCCCUCAUAUUUGGGAGGCUGGCCACCAGUCGAGAACCAGGAACAGGGAACAUGUAGAUCCAAAUGUAGUUCUGUUCACUUAGGACUCACCUAAAAAUGGGAGUAGAGCCUUAAAUUUGACAAUAAAGUAAUUGGCUCUUAGUAGUUUUUAAGGAUUUAUCUCUAACAGCCAGUGCAAGUCAAGUGGAAAUGAACGAGUGUCUAAUUCUCAAACAAAAAUACUGUAUGCUACGUUCCGAAAAGGCCACAGAAACAGCAACGUCAGCAUCUAGGAGGCUAUUGUUCUACAGCCAUGUGGUGUCUGACAGUAACAAAGCGUGUAUAAACUUACACUUCUUCACCUUCUAAGCUGUGGAUGUUGGCAAACACUAAAUACUGUACUAUAGGCCUGCAGACAAGAUUGACACUACAGACACAGACUGUGGAGCUAUCAGAAGCCAUUGUGCUUUUGAACAUUAUAGGACUGGAUGACUAAUUUUCCCUGUCUUACAGAACCCUGGGCUAUGACUUCCUGGAGAAAGAAUUGUUCUUCUCAGAUCCUAUACGAGGCAAAACCCUCACUUGCCACUUUUCACUUUCAUAACUCCACUUAAUGUGAAUUCUGCCUCACAAGACAGUGUUACGAGUACCUUGUCUGGCUGUGAUGGGUUGUAAAACGGUUGGUUAUGAGACGAUGGGUGAUUGCUGUGAGUUUAUAUUGUAUGACUGUCCUCUAAAACCCCCCGAGUCCUUACCAGGCUUAUCAAGGCCUCGACACCUUGCAGCAGACUCAAAGCAACAUCAUGGAGACUUUUGCCCUUUGGCUAUUAUGACUCACAAAGAGCAGCACUAGCAUGAGCUUCUGCUUUUGUAGAGCCAGCUAGCCUGGUUUUAAACACCACAGUGGCCACAGGCCCUGCUACAGUCUUUAUUCACGUCCAGACACGGGGAGAAGUGUUCUGGGAGAGUGUUGGUUUGACUGCGUGAGACUCUAAUCAGGCCAAAAGUCCAUCUCCUGGGAUUUCAUGUUUGGAUGGAGGCAUGCUGGUUUCUGGACAGGAGUUUAAUCCCCAUGUGGUCUGUCAGGGUCUAAUUUGGGAGCUGGGGCAUGAAGACCCAGCCUGACAAAACCAGCAUGAGAAACACAUCAUUUGCUCCAGUGUUUUUAAGGAUGAAAAGAAGAUGUUGAUUCACUGUUGUUUAUGUGCAGCACAAAUUACACAAACUGUACUGGGUUGAGCACUUUGAAUUUUGAAAGGACUGAGACAAAAAGGGACCUCACUCUGCUUCUUUUCCCUUUCACAGACCUAAAACUCCAUCCUGACUUUUGUUUCCCAGUGGAGUUAAGAGACUGCUGGGAGCAUUUCACCCCAGAUUAAGGCCCAUAUGACGGGGUGAAAGAAAACCCCACUGGAUCUGGGAAUUCUUUAACCUGUCAGCAGCUCAGCUUCAUUAACCAAUAGCCCUGGUCCCUGUUCAGCCCAUUCACAUUUCAGCUAUGUCUGGAGGGGGUGGAGCCACCAGACGCCUUAGACUUCACCUCCGUACCGCAUAAACUGCACUUGUGAUUUUCAUGAUGAUGGCAUAUCCCCAGCAGACUGCAGAUUUAAUUUGUUAGUUUUAUGUACUGUUUAGUUUUGAGUUCACACUUUCAGGAGUUAUAGUAUUGGCUCAGAUUGGAUUUUCUUUUCGACCCAGGUGGCACAUUAAUGUUUUUUAUCAUGAUUUGGUAUCAUCAAAUAAUACCCAUUUACACAUUUAUAGCCUCCAAACAAAUAUGAGUCAUGGAAGUGCUGCUAGGCAGUAUCGAAAAACAGACACAUCAGUGGAAAACAGAAAAUGUGUGCCAUAGAGAGGAAGGAAAAUAAAAGUAUUUGGUUUGAGCUGAGGCUGUACAUCCAUGUGUUUAUCAAGAAGCGGCUGGUGGCUAAUAAGGCAGAGUACUCGGGGUUCCUAUGCAGGUCUGGAAAAUAUGGAGAAGUAGUGAUUGAAUAAGUCUUUCAAGGUGCAAUAAGUGAUAAAUUUUACUGCCCCUUUACACCAAACUAAUGUUAGUUUGCAUGGGUUUGAAUGAUUGUUGAUCAGUAUUAAUGACUCAACAGUCACAUCAUGUUGUGUUGAGCUCUGGCUUUUAAAACUCACUUUCCAGACUGUACUCUAUUUAGGAACAAAUCAGUAUUUAUGUCAGUUACAGGCUACUUUAAGUGAUCAAAAUCAAAAAUCAAAAUACAAGUCAGAUUACUUGAAGCUGAAAACUUGGUUUCAAUUUUUAAGUAUUUGUCAAUCAUACUCUGAGGAGUUGUUGACCACUAGUAGCGCUAUGGAGCGAUGUUUUUAUGUGUGGGUCCCCGUUUUUUUAGUUCUCUUACAUACGCACAAGGACUCAAUAUGCACGCAAUACUCAUUUCUGCCUAUGGUUUCGCACUAUUCCACUGAUAUACAGGUGGCGGUAUAGUGCUAAGAAAUGCAGACAUGUACCAACGAAGGGAAGAAGAAGACUGCUAGCAAGUCAACAUGGAUGUAAACAAUGCAGGAUUUAAAAUAUUCAAAAAAGUCAGCUUACAGUGGCCUGGUAACACAAGCUAACAACCUACCAAAUGUUAUCAGAUUUUGAUUCACAAAUUGCAAAAGUGUGAUUAGUGCAUGGCAUCUUUUUCCAACCAAGCCCCGCCCACUUCAAACCAGUACGAAGAGCACAGACAAAAACAAACAGAAAUGACAGAAAUCUCUUAAUUGAAAUAACCAAAACUGCUGUAAAAAAAACUUCUGUGUUCAUGUAGGAUCCCAUGACUCACAGAAUGAAAGUAGUUUUCAGGGCCUUUAAUGCUCCUUUAAAACUAUGAGAAAACUAUACUAGUUACAGCUUAGAGUUGACCAAAAACUUCAACAACAUUUUUUUUUCCUGGGAAGGAGUCGGUGUAUUGUUUUUGUGACUCACAAUGUGCUACACAGUGAGCUAAAAAAAUCCCAAAUGGUCAGAAAGAUAGCUAAAUUUGUGAAUAGAGGCUGUGUAGGAACUGUGAGUGCCAGCCGCUGCAGCAGAUGGUACUUUCAUGUGAAAUAACACCUGCGUAUGUGUGAGAACAGAGCACAUUGUUGAACGUACAUCACACUGAGUCUGUUGUUAAACGUUAAGGGAUUUAACCACAUGACAUUAUGAAGCUCAUUCUUAUUAAGUGUUUUAUUUUUUUUUACAUGUAGUUUAAACAUUGCUCUUUCUGAGAGGUUUGAGGUAGACAACACACACACACACAGACACACACACACACACACAAAGUGAGGAGGGUCGGGGUGUCACAGUGCCCCCAGCAGACAAUGUGAAAAACUGUGCCUGCUACGCUGAUAUCAGUUCUGUUGAUGUAUUAUUAUAUUAUCUUUGGAUAAUAUUGUGUAACCACAUGUGACUCUCAUGUAUUACCAUUGUACUUUAUCUGCUUUUAAUGUUUUUUUCCUACUUUGCACAUGACACAUUUUUAUAGGACGCUUUAGUGUUGAGCUGGGCUCAUUUUAAGAGUCACUGCGGCUAAAUCUGGACAUAUUGUUUGUGUUUUCUCUCCCUCUGUCACAUACACACACACACACACAUUCAUGCUUUCGUGCCUUGUCCUGCUGCUCGAUGUCUCUCGCCUACAGCUGCUCCAUCGGCAACACACACCUGCUAACUUUGCAUCUUUUUAGUCACACACUCACACACACGUCUUCUGUCUGAGAGCUGUGCCUUCUGAGCUGUAUACACACACACACACACACACACACACACACACACACACACACACACACACACACACACACACACACACACACACACACACACACACACACACACACGCGCGCGCCUACUCUGCCUUCUGCAACUGCUUUGUACACUGACAGUGUUUUCUAAAGCUCGCUGUAGGCUAAAGGAGAGGAUGUGAACUGGUGAUGCAGUGUGACUCGCUGUGAAUUCAUUUUAGGCCAUUUGCUACUUUUUUGAACAUAUAGUGUACACUUUGGAGGCAUUUCUGCUUUUCUAGAGAACAUAUAGUGAAGAAUGGCAGGAAAGAUGGCAGACAGAGAGGGUCAUCCGCUGGAUUCAAGGCCACAAAGUUGCAGGUACCUGUCCUAGCUCCCUCUAUCUGUUUUGAACUACACAGCGACUGCAGAAUAACAGAUGGUGGCGAUGACAAAGCGUCUAAAGGUUCAGACAUAUCAGUGUACCGCUGCUUUUGUGGUUCAGUGUUUUCUUGGGAGUUGUCAGCAACUGUGGUCCUGUGUUAUUGAUGUUUGUUUCCCAAGAUGCUCCCUCCAACUUCAAAAUGAGUGUGUAAAUUGGUUUGGAGAUAACAGGGCUUUCAUCAGAACAUUUCUGGGCUCUCUGGCAGGAGAAUAACAUUCCUAUCACAUUCUUGCAGCCUGCAGUGGGUAGAAAAGUCGUAAUAGUCCACUGGAAACCAUGGAAACUGUUAUCAGCUUCCUCAAUUUCUCACAGUUGUAGACCAGAACAUUGUGAUCAGAUAGAGGGGGAAGCAGGGUGAUCCCUCUCUGCUGUGCUAGCCUAAAUUAGAGUCAAGAGUUUUUUUCCCCAUCUACAGUACAUGGCACAGAUUUGAGUGUGUUCGCUGUAGCAUUUAUAACCUAAAGUAGGUCUUUUCUCCUGUCGCUGACCCAAUACACAGAUUUCUUUUUUUUUUUCCUCUGGAGUUGAUUCUUAAAAUAAUUGGAAGAAGCACCAGUUUUCAGGUCAAUGUCUGUGCCGUGGCCGUGUCAGGAACGUCUAUCAAGAAAUAAAGAGCUGCGUCGGUUGAGAGCAUUUUGGGAAACGUGGUCCUUCAUUGUGACUUUUUUCAAGACAGAUGUCCAGGGAGCAGCAUGUUUUCUCAGGGGAAAUCCGAAUGUGUGGUUCAGUCCUCUGAUAACAGUGACAGAAGCAAGUCAAAUGAAACUGACUUUCGUGGUGAGUUUCUGUCACAACUUAAACUGGACGGAUUUCUUUUUAGCACUGUUAUUUUUUGAAAUUCCAGGCCCAAAACAUUCCCGCACAUUUUUGUUCUACUUUGCUGCCAGUAGAAUCCAGGUUCCUCUCUCAUCCUGGACUAUUUUUACACUGUUUAGUCUCACACAAUAUGUGCUGAGGCACAUUUCACUAAAGCCACAAGCACCCAAUUACUGAUUGCCUGAAAAUGUGUUAUCAAGCCUUGUGCGACUGCUCAAAGCAGCAGACACAACAACUACUGGAGUUUACCACAAUUUCCAUUUUCCUGGAUAGAAAAAGAGGCACAUUAAGCUCAUUAAGUUGAAAUUGGGGGGGUGGUGGGUGUGAUUAAACAGAAUGAGCGUGGAAAUGAACACAGUCUGAAAGCACACCUGUUCAGCUCAGAAAAAGUGGACACGACAUGUUUUGAGGGAGAAUAUCUGUCCAGCAUCUCAAUCCCUUACAUGCAUCUACUUUUAAAGGAAUAGUUUGAAAUUUUGGGAAAUAUGCAAUUUUUUUCUAAGAGUAAGAUGAGAAAAGUGAUACCACUCAUGCACACGUCUGUGUGUUAAAUACAAGGCUACAGGCAGGAGAGUUAGCAUAGCUUAGCGUGAAGACUAGAAACACGGGGAAACAGCUAGCCAGCUGGUCUAGACAAUGUCAAACUAUGUACUUGCUAUGUUAAGGGCAAAUUGGGUAGUUAUUUUCUUGCUGUAGUACUUUAGGCUUUAUUACUGUAAAGUAUUAAUCAGAACCUCAUUACCGAGUUAGAGUUAACAAAAUCAGAAAAUUGGAUCAAUUUGGGGUUGUCUGGCAGGGGGAAACCAAUCUAGGCAUCUGUAACAGAUGAGAAUCUCUGCCAGAGAAAAGGAAUCACAGCUCUCGUGGCUUGAAAAAUAACCACCACUAGUUGCUAUGGUUAAGGUAAUGGAGAAUAGCUUUCUGCAGCAGGGACAGAAAUUUCACUGACUGUUGAGGAACAAAUACAUCCUGAUCAAAACACUGCGGUCCAGGCUGUUGGCAUCGUGACAUCUCCUGCGACUGUUGCCAGCGCGCUCACUGUGGUGUUGGAGGUGGAGGUGAGGACAGCUUCAGGCAGCUCUUCCCUCAUCAGUUCACUGGUCUGCAUUGAACAGAAACAGCUCUUUAGCAGCAGUCACUGAGCUGCAGGCUGCACAUAUCAGACUGUCUCUGUGGAUUGUAACGCUAACACUCAUUCUGCUGUCAGCUAUUGUGCAAGUACUCUGCAAUCACUACAACAACAUACUGGACUUAUCAAGGUUGCUUAGUGAAUAUAUCUGCCAUAACAGCAAACUUACAGGUGGCUCAUUUGAAACAGAUACUGUGGAAGGAAAGAGUAGUCCAGGGAUUUAGAGAGUUCAGUGACUCGGUUUGGAUGGGUGACAUCUUUCCACGUGGGUGGUUUCCUGCUGUGUGGGUCUGACAUCUAGUCCCCGGUUUUAAUUCAGUAGGACUGCCUUUUGGACAAGGUAGUACAUGUGUAUUUACUACAUUGAACCAUCUGUAUGAUAUGUUAUCUGACUCUUUGUAUCUUAUGCUAUUGUACAAAUAAAAGCUUCAUGAAACAUAA